UAGGAUGUUCUUGAAGUUCAUCCAGGAGUUCGUCUUGACAACAGUUGAUAUUCCUGCAAUAAAUAAGAUUUCAGUCAUACUUUGGCUUAUAUAACUUUACGGAUAGAGUUCACCAUUUUGUUAAACUCAGGCGACGACUUAUGACCAGCGGCUGUCAUUGUGAACGGCUGGACUUAAUGAUUAAUAACAUAUAGCAGUACUAGAAGCUAACGUUAACCUGCUGUCGUAGUUAACGACAGUUAGUCGUUUUUUCUGUGACGACAGUUUUUUUUAUACAUGUAUUCAACAUUCAUCCAUUGCAAACACAACCAUCUGGCGAAACCGAAAAGGAUUUCAUUCACGGGUAGCGUGGGGUAGGGUAGAAUUGUAACGUUACAAAUUUAGCAUACGCUAAGCUAACCUAAAGAGCUAACAUUUGUCAAGUUUCAUUGUCACAAUAGUUUAGGUCUUAUGUAUUAAAACGCGUACAGCCGACAAUACAAAAAUAGAGGUAACGUUAGCUUAAGGUAAUGCUGGCGUACAGUAUAUGAGUAGUGGUCUUGUGCAGAGAGGAAAGAAGGUGAUGUCUGAGGUCAGGGCUAACCUGUAUGAAUCGGAGGCAGGGACAAACGGUGACCAGGGUGGACCGUCUCCUGACCCGCUGAAAGCUCCCAGUAUUGAAGCUUCUGGGCCUGACCUGCAGGGUCUUCUGCCUGCUGGUCCCCAAUUCUCAUCAGAGGUUAGCCCCUCAGCUUCUGCUGAGGCCAGUGGCUUGUUGUCUUUACCAUGGGAGAUGGUGACCCACAUUGCCUCACACCUUCCUGCUCAGUGUGUCAUCACUGUGCUGCCAAAGGUCUGUCAAGCAUUGGGCAAUGUCAGUAAGGACACCACCGCUUGGCAGCUCCGGGCACACAGGCUAAUAGGAUCCCGACCUGGCUUUCCAGUGGGGCCAAGGGAAGACUUUGACUGGCCCUCUGCUUGCCUGGAGAUGGAACAGAUGAUAACCUGCUGGACAGGCCAAGCUCAUGUCGUGGCCAGACAGACCCAAGAGGAUGAGGAGGAAAGGGAACAAGUGAGGCAGCAGCAAAGAGAAGGGGAACCAGUUGUAGAAGGACAGGAAGAUGGUAGAGAGGAUGAGGUAGAAGGGGUGGGAGUGGAAGCGCAGGAGGUUGCGUAUGGUGUUGAUGAAGGAAUGGAGGUGGCAAUGGACGGUGAGGAGGAUGAAGUGCAGCCCAUCAUAGGUGGGGACCAACUGGCGAGAUUAAGACAGGAGUUGGAAGAGAGACUGGAUGAUGAUCCAGCAGCACUAAUGGUAGAAGAAAGGAACCACAGGAUGGUGUUUGAUGCUCAUGAGGGGCUAGUUGAUGUUCUAAAUUACCAAGAGAACUUGGCAGACCUCAGAAAUCUGGAUAAUGGAAGACAGGUAGAGGUAGAGCAACAUCAACCCCCCAGAAGUCCUAGCCCACCCCCAGCGCUGGAGUGCACCACCCUCUGUUCAGGCCACAUUGCCCAGGUUAACUCAGUCCUCCUUGUGGGGGGAGAGGGGGCGGUUUGCGCCACAGGCUCCAGAGACUGGAAUGUUAAACUGUGGGAUCUAAAGGCCGGCUCGGGUGGCACGCUGCUACACACAUUGGGAGGGCAGGGGGACUUCAGCACUCAUCGAGGCUGGGUCUGGUGCCUGGCAUCUCAGGGACCUCUGUUGGCCUCAGGGGGCUUCGACAGCACAGUGAGGCUGUGGGACCUACAGGCAGGUGGUGCAGAGAGGGGCCUGAUCAGAGCUGGGGCCGCUGUCCUCUGCUUGUCCUGUCAGACGGAUGUAUUGCUGGCUGGUACAUUUGACAAGAGGGUCAGCAUGUAUGACACAAGAGCUGCUGAACCUCUGGUGAAAAGCCUCCGUCUCCAUGGUAACGCUGUGAUGUGCCUAGCUGCAGAUGACAAGUACAUCAUCUCUGGGAGUAAAGACUGCACUCUGGCUGUCUAUGACCGGAGGGCAUGCAAGGGCUUGAAGAAACUUCGGCUCAGCUCUUACCUGCUGUCCAUGAGCUACAGUGGCUGUGAAGUAUGGGCAGGAGACAACAGUGGCAUGCUGCACUCCUUUUCCAUGCAGACAGGGACUGUAAAACCCUUGUCCCAGUUUGAUGUGGGACACACAGCACUGGUCACCGGCAUCCACAAGUCCCCUGGAAGCCUCUACACCUGUUCAUCUGAUCGCACUGUUAAGGUACAUAUCCCUUGUGCUCCUCCAAGGACAUUAUGCACUAUGCGCCACCAAGCUGGAGUCAAUGGGCUGAGUGUGCAGGCUGGAGUCCUCGCUGUAGCCUCAGGGGAUGUGUGUGUGGAAGUCUGGAGGCCCAGAAAAUAAAGGAGCAAGACCUGCAAACUGUGUGCGAAGCCUACAAAACACCAUGUUGGUCUUUUAGCAUUUUGGAGUACACAACACUAUCAAAGAAAGCAAGCUGGCUGGCUGGUUGGAUAUAUCAAGACUUAGUAGUAACGUAAGAAAUGAACAUGAAAUGUUAUGUAUGUUUCUACAAACAAAAACUCUCUCAGGCUCUCAGGAAAGUGUGUCAUAAACCAUUUUGGGCCAAUACUCAAAACAUUCAAGGACAUGGCGUUUGAAGAAGUUCUUCUAUGAAAUUGUACCAAAAGCAUUAGUUGCUUGUCAUGUACAGUAAAAUACUUGUAUCCAAAACCUCUGUGACACACCGAUUGUAUUUGUAAAACUGUUUAUUUGAACACAUUUCUCAGUGCUAAUCAGAGAGAGAGAGAGAGAGAGAGAGAGAGAGAGAGAGAGAGAGAGAGAGAGAGAGAGAGAGAGAGAGAGAGAGAGAGAGAGAGAGAUUUUUUUGAUUGCACAAUACUAGUUAUAUAUAUAUAUAAUACUAUACUAUUAUAAUACUAUUGACUGAAUUAUUGGCUGGAUGUGUUUUCUGCCCUUUGGGAAGUUCUGAUGUAACAGCUUUGUGCUGAAUGAACAAAGCAGCUACUACAAUUUCAAAUUGUUUAAUUGAGUCCUGAGUCAAGUUACCCAUAUAAUUCCUUACCAUUUGAAGGUUGAGGUCAAACCUUUUAAGGGAUACAUAAAUUAAAUAUGUUAUGUAAAGAAGCAACAAUAAAUAAAGUCUU